AUGUCACCGCCAAUAUCUUUCCUUUUUACCCAGUGCUGUGAAAUGCAGCAGCCCGGCAUAGAUGAACUGAAACCUCCAGUAUCUGGCGGCCAGAUCCUCAGGGUCUCCACCGCCCUGAGCUGUCUCCUCGGCCUCCCCCUGAGGGUGCAGAGGAUCCGCGCGGGCCGCAGCACCCCGGGCCUGAGGCCUCAACAUUUAUCUGGACUGGAAAUGAUUCGUGAUUUGUGUGAUGGGCAACUGGAGGGGGCAGAAAUUGGCUCAACAGAAAUAAGCUUUACGCCAGAGAAGAUCAGAGGUGGAAUCCACACUGCAGAUACCAAGACAGCAGGGAGUGUGUGCCUCUUGAUGCAGGUUUCAAUGCCCUGUGUUCUCUUUGCUGCUGCUCCAUCGGAACUUCGUUUGAAAGGUGGGACGAAUGCUGAAAUGGCGCCACAGAUAGACUACACGGUGAUGGUCUUCAAGCCAAUUGUUGAAAAAUUUGGUUUCAAUUUUAAAUGUGACAUUAAAAUGAGGGGGUAUUACCCAAAAGGGGGUGGUGAAGUGAUUAUUCGAAUGUCACCAGUUAAACAGUUGAACCCAAUAAAUUUAACUGAUCGUGGCUCUGUGACUAAGAUAUAUGGAAGAGCUUUUGUUGCUGGUGUUUUGCCAAUUAAAGUAGCGAAAGAUAUGGCAGCGGCAGCUGUACGAUGCAUCAGAAAGGAGAUCAGGGACCUGUAUGUGAACAUUCAGCCCAUUCAGGAACCCAAGGACCAAGCAUUUGGCAAUGGAAAUGGAAUAAUUAUUAUUGCGGAGACAUCUACUGGCUGUUUGUUUGCUGGAUCAUCGCUUGGUAAACGAGGUGUUAAUGCAGACAAGGUUGGAAUUGAAGCUGCUGAAAUGCUGUUAGCAAAUCUUAGACAUGGUGGUACUGUGGACGAGUAUCUGCAAGACCAGCUGAUUGUUUUCAUGGCUUUAGCCAAUGGAGUUUCUAGAAUAAAAACAGGACCAGUUACACUACAUACGCAAACAGCUAUACAUUUUGCUGAACAACUAGCAAAGGCCAAGUUCACUGUGAAGAAAUCAGAAGAUGAAGAAGAUGCCUCUAAAGACACUUACGUUAUUGAGUGCCAUGGAAUUGGGAUGACAAAUCCAAAUCUAUAAAGUAUUGACCACUUCUUUGCACUAAUUUAUUUCAUGCAUAGUAUAAUGCAAUGAGUAAGAAGUAGCUUUUUUUUUUUUUUUUUGCAGAACCAGGGAUUGAACUCAAGCCCUUGAGCUUGCCAGGGAAGCACUUAUUCUACUGAGCCAUCUCCCUGGCCCCAAGAAGUAGCUUAUUAAAGGAGCUGACUAAAUUUGGAAUUAUAAUAUGUUGUUCUAGAUCUGUAAGGAUGCUGCAUCAAAUUAAUCGUGCUUUAAAUAUCUCCUUAGACACAGUAAGAGUUGGUGGAUAUGUAUGGUAGCUGAUUUCAGUAUUAAAGUAUUGAAUAAAAUACUCUUUUUACUUGAA